AUGAGUCUUACAAAGAAACCCUCUAAGGGUCUGCCGAAGAGCAGUGAAAAACUCUCUAAGGCAUCCAGGAAGACCUCGAAAGGGUCAUUGAAUGAUGUGAAUUUGAAAAAUGACUCGAAGGUUGGCCCGGUAUUGACUAAACAAUUCUCCAAAAGGUACAUAAGUGGGGAUUAUGACACCGGAUCUCAGAGAGGGAGUAUAAUAAGUCAUGAUACCGGAAGUGCUUCUGCCGAAACCGAUAUACCGGAAGCCUAUAGUGAUAUCCAGUAUGCCUACAGUGAUGAGGAGGCUGAUGGACAUCCUGAUCAUCGACCGUUCACCGACUCCUACCGAGGUCAUCCCUACACCUUAGGAGGCGCAGGCAGGUACGAACAGCGCAAAAAUGGAGGCGAUUCCGUUAAGACCGUAAAUGCCAUACCACCAGGUAAGCGAAGAGAAAAUGGCACGAAAGCAAAUCUUGUGACAUUUUAUAUCAACGGCAACAGUAACUACAAAGGAUUAACGAUUGCCGUAAGUAGCAAAAAAUGGCGGGAUAUGGAAAAACUCAAAGAACAUUUAACUUCAAAAAUAGGAACACAUUGGCCCAUAAAAUGUAUUUAUACAAUACCAGACCGACAGCUGAUCGAGGAUCUGGACAAGUUUGAAAAUAACAGAUCGUACAUUGUGUGUAAAGAUAAGAAUGCGCAAGUGAACGGAAUCCAGUAUGGCUAUUCUAAAGAGAAACACUGGGUCACUAAACGUCCAUCAGCUGGGAAAAAUCGCAAGAAUGACUUGGGCAUGCUCAAGCAAAAUCCUCCAGCGAAUUCGCCAUCCAGAAAUCGUCGAGUGAUCACUAUAAUACAAAACAAAAACCGGAUCCGGAAGGAAAAAGUGAUUCUAAAUCCGGAAACGUCGAUGUCAUUUGUCCAAAUUCUGAGUGAUAUGGGAGAUAUGAUCAAUAUGAAUGCCACGGCGUUAUACCUCUACAAAAAACCAGAAACACGGGUGACGUCCUACGCACAGCUGUUCAGAGAAUACAAGACGGUAGACGAGUUUAUAAUCUGUGGUGAAGAGAUGGUCCCGGUGCCGGAAGCUACAGGUCAGAAACGGACCGCUGCCAGCAGCAAUUCUAGUAAUGAGUCCGUCACCAGUAGGGGGAGUCGUCAGAAAAAAAUGCAGAAAUCCUUCGAUUAUGAAGUGCCCGAGGACGAAGAUUACAAUGCUGACAUCGAUCAAUACACAUAUCCAGACAACGAUGACCGUCGAAGAUGGGAUUGUGCUGUUGAGCAUGUGCCCUUCGACGACACCCAAGAUAGCGACGAGGAAACUGCGAAAAGGGUCAAAGUUCGAAUACGAGGAAAGUAUAAAGAUUAUUUCCAACCCGAUAACCCGAUGCCAGAAGAUCGUUCCAGACCGAACGAGAAACUUAUUCUGGAAUGGCUUUACGGGUACCGCUCUAAUGACAACAGCAAUAGUAUGAUGGUGUACCACCGGACAGGCGAACUCAUGUGUCACAUAGAAGCAGCUGUUGUCUUCUACAACAGAAAAUUUGAUCGGCAACGCUUCUACCUAGCUCACACCGAAGAAAUCACAUGUAUGGCCUUACAUCCUGAGGGGCGGUGGAUAGCAACGGGACAGAAGUCAGGGUCUGAUCCUGAAGAUGUGGCACAUAUCCGUAUUUGGGAUGGACGCACUUUAAGUACACAAGUCGUACUUGGUGUAGGAAUUUUCUCGUGUGGUGUGGCAUCAGUCAAUUUUUCAGUGUUCCGUGAUGGCGUUCUGCUAUGUGCCGUAGACAGUAGCGACAAGCACGUGCUCACAGUAUGGGAAUGGAAUCGAAAGCGGCUAUUGGCAAAGACAACACAGAAGACGACUGCAAGACAUGUAUCACACGCUUGCUUCUAUCCUUUUGACGACACAAUCCUGCUCACCUAUGGCGAACAACAUCUUUACUUCUGGAAACUGUUCUGGGACCCAGUUCGUGAUACAGAUGGUCGUCUGCUCAGAGACAAGGAGAGUGGUGCUUUCACAUUUCCGGUGACGAGUAAGCUCCAUUCUGAGGAACUUCGCGAGAUCACCUCCAUUGCCUUUCUUAACAACGGUGACGUGAUAACAGGAGAUUCCACGGGAUCCAUUAUUAUAUGGGCAGUCGAUCGCUCAACACUUGUCUUCCGGUUCUUUACAGUACUUCCUCACCCUCACCACAGAUCUGUUAACACUCUGUGCAUGUUGCCCGACUCAACUCUAAUAUCAGGAGGUGGUAAAGAAAUCAAGGCAUGGAGCAUGGGCAACAACCACUACAGGAAAACGCGGGAACGAGUGAUAGCCGAUAAUUUUGGAGACGUAGCGUCAAUUGUACUGAAGGACAAGUCUGUGACAGAUGGCGGUAAACCCGUGUUCUACAUAGGUACGAAAAAUUCCUACAUUCUGGAGGGAUCAUUUGAUGACAGUUUCGAAACACACAUAGAGGCUCACUUUGACACGGUAUCCUCCGUCGUGUCUCAUCCCCGAGAACACUCCUUCUACUCAGCCUCGAUGGACAUGACGGUGAAGAAAUGGUCUUCAGACGUACGCGGGCUACCGGAGACUGUGAAUGUCGGGAAACCCUGCACCUGCAUAGAUAUCGACAGUAAUGGGCGCUACUUGACUGUUGGAACAGCCGAUGGUUUCGUCGUAGUUCUUGGAUCAUCAUUCAAAUAUAAACGAGAAAUCGCUAUCAUCAAGGUUGGAUCAACAGCAGAGUUCAUCGAGUGUGUUAAAAUUUCACCAGAACGAGACUCGCUGGCAGUGGGUUGUCGUGACGGAUGUGUGUACAUAUAUAACGACAUCAACGACGGCGCUAAGCUUGCUAUUCGAAACAACACUAUUUUCAAGGCCAAUUCAGAUCCUGUCAUCAAUGUGGACUGGACCUCCAAUAGUCACUGUAUACAGACAAUGUCGUCCGAGUACGACCUCUUCCACUGGGACGUGACAGAUAUGAAUGCAAAAAAGUCACUUUCUCUCAGAAAUGCGAAAUGGAAUACUCAGAACGUCACAGUCGGCUACUCUGUGUGUGGAAUGUGGACAAAUGUUAAGGACGACGAUGAAGUAAAGGUGGUGGACAGAUCUCCUAGCGAAGAAAUCAUCGCCGCUGGGGAUAGCAAGGGUGGUAUUCGCCUAUAUAAAUACCCGUGUACCAGUGUCAAGCCAGAAUACAAGAUGACAAGAAUGUAUUCAAAUGCAGUGAAUGCCCUUAGUUUCCUUAAGAAAACUGACCGUUUGAUAUCAUGUGGCGGACAGAAGUCCUUCCUCGCUCAGUGGAAGGUGGCGAAAUACAUCACGACAAACGAACACUGA